UCCCGCCAGUCGCUCUAAGAACCAAAUAGCGAAAAUGAGAGCCACAGAGGACCAGGUUGUUGAGGACGACACUGGUUUCCAGGAUGAUGAGGAGUCCUUCUUUCAGGACAUUGACCUCCUACAGAAACACGGGAUAAACGUGGCUGACAUCAAAAAGAUGAAGUCAGUGGGUAUCUGCACUGUGAAGGGCAUCCAGAUGACAACACGUAAGGCACUGUGCAACAUCAAGGGCCUGUCGGAGGCAAAAGUUGAGAAAAUCAAGGAAGCUGCAGGGAAGAUUCUGAAUGUUGGUUUCCAGACGGCCUUUGAGUAUAGUGCAAAGAGGAAGCAAGUGUUCCACAUCACGACCGGGAGCCAGGAGUUUGAUAAGCUUCUGGGUGGAGGCAUCGAGAGUAUGGCCAUCACAGAGGCUUUUGGAGAGUUUCGUACGGGAAAAACCCAGCUGUCUCACACACUCUGUGUCACUGCUCAGCUGCCUGGCGAGGACGGCUACUCAGGAGGGAAAAUCAUCUUCAUUGACACCGAGAAUACCUUUCGUCCUGACAGACUGAGGGACAUCGCUGAGAGGUUUAACGUGGACCAUGAUGCUGUGCUGGACAAUGUGCUUUACGCCCGUGCCUACACCAGUGAACACCAGAUGGAGCUGUUAGACUUUGUUGCAGCGAAAUUCCACGAGGAAGGAGGAGUCUUCAAACUGUUGAUCAUUGACUCCAUCAUGGCUCUAUUCAGAGUCGACUUUUCUGGUCGAGGAGAGCUGGCAGAGAGGCAGCAGAAACUGGCUCAGAUGCUCUCCAGGCUGCAGAAGAUCUCUGAAGAGUACAACGUUGCCGUUUUCAUUACCAACCAAAUGACAGCUGAUCCUGGUGCAGGAAUGACGUUUCAAGCAGAUCCCAAGAAGCCAAUUGGUGGACACAUCCUGGCCCACGCCUCCACCACGAGGAUCAGCCUGAGAAAGGGACGUGGAGAGAUGAGGAUCGCCAAAAUAUUUGACAGUCCCGACAUGCCGGAGAAUGAGGCUACUUUUGCCAUCUCUGCUGGAGGAGUCACUGAUGCCAAAGAGUGAAAGACGAGAGGAGGAGACAGAGGCGUUAGCAAAGUUCCCUGUUCACUAUAAUGUUACAUGUUAUGUUAUAUAACAUUUUUUUUGGGAUGGAAAUGAUCUACUGAGUUCUAAAACUCAAUGCAGCUUCUCACCAUUCAAUUGCAAAUGUUUUACUCUUGUAUUUAUUUAAU